AUGGGGCCCCUUCCUGCAGGUGGAGAAAAGGAGCUGACAGCCACAAUGAAGGGAUUGAGCCACCUGUUUCGUGUCAGGGAGGACACAAUGCAUGGAGAUUCAGCAGCCAACCACAACAGCUUAUUGCCAGAUGAGAGAGAAUUUCAACACGCAGCUAAAAUGAACAAUUUGGAAACCAUGGAAAAGCUGUUUAAGAAGAAUCUUAAUAUAAACGCUGUGGAUACUAUGAAGCGCACUGCACUGCAUUUUGCUGUUGCAGGAAGUCACACGUCUGCAGUGGAUUUUCUGCUCCAUCACAAAGCUAGAGUUGAUAUGGCAGAUCAGCAUGGGCUGACAGUGAUCCAUCUUGCAGCUUGGACUGGAAAUCUAGAUAUAAUGAGGAAAUUAAUUAAAGCUGGUGCUGAUCAAAGAGCUAAGAAUGAGGAAGAAAUGAAUGCACUGCACUUUGCAGCACAGAACAACAGUGUUAAAAUAAUUGAUUAUUUUCUCCAAGAUCUUCAUCUGACUGACUUGAACAAGCCUGAUGGGAAAGGCAGAAAGCCAUUUCUUCUGGCAGCAGAAAGAGGCCAUGCUGACAUGAUAAAUAAUCUGAUAGCUCUAAAUCUGUUCUCAACUGAAAAAGAUAAGGAGGGAAACACAGCCCUACAUCUGGCAGCUAAAAAUGGCCACAGUGAAGCUGUAGAGAUUCUGCUCAAACACUGGGAUGAGAUAAAUGACCUCAAUCAGAAUGGAGAAACUCCGUUUUACUUGUCUGUUGAAAGAGGCAAUGAAAAAUGUGCCGAACUCCUACUGGAAGCAGGGAGCAACAUCAAUGUUUUAACUCACAACAACAGCAAUGCAUUGCAAGCUGCCAUUCAGAAUGGACAUCAAUCCUUGGUCACUUUUCUUAUUGAUAAGAACAUUGACCUGGUCCCUAAACCUGAGCAGAAGAAUUCCCCUCUCCACUUAGCAGUCAUCAGUAAUAAUCUGCCAAUAGUGAAAAAACUCUUGGAAGCGAAUCAUGAUAUAAACUUCUUAAAUCGUAGGCAGGAAACUCCCCUACAUCUGGCUGCUGAUGUUGGCAAUGUUGAGAUGGUGGAAGUGCUGCUGAAGGCAGGCUGUGACCUCAAGAUCAUGGACAGGCAUGGAAAAACUGCACUUGCCGUGGCUUCAAGGAGCAAUUACGCCCUCAUUGUAGAUAUGAUCAUUAAAGCAGAAAGGUAUUAUGCCAUGAAACAGGCACACCUAGAUCAUAGUGAUGGUUGGUCAGACUCUGAUUUGUCCUUCAAACAAGAUCAUAGUGCACAGACCAAGCAACUCCGUUCCUCCCUGUGGAAUCUGGCAUACAAUCAUUUUAAACCCCAGGAAUGGAAAAUACUGGCCCUGUUCUGGAAGUUCACAGAUGAGCAGAUUAAAGCUAUUGAGGAACAAUGGACAGGGAAAAAAAGUUAUAAAGAACACGGCCACAGAAUGCUGCUGAUCUGGUUACACGGUACUUUGCUGGCCCAUGAGAAUCCUGUCAAGCAUAUAUUCAAAGACUUGGUGGAAGCAGGAUUUCAGCAUUUAGCUGAGAAGAUCAGAACUGAAAGUAGCACUGACAUGGAGUCCAGAAAAUGUGAAAUUUCAUGAGUUCAUUAAUGGCAUACGUGAUGGAAUUACAUGCCAGAUGGAGAGACUUUCAUAUACAAAUAUUUUCUCUAGAAAUGAAAAUGUAUUUUGAAGCUGCAUGGCUUUAUUCAAGCUAGAAGAACUUGCUCUCUUGAAAUACUGGUUAUUCUUUGCUAUACAAUGAUCUAAAGUGAAUGCCUAGGUGGUAAUUUAGAACUAUACUGUCAAGCAAGAGGUACCCUGUAAUUUCCGCACCUGCCUUAACAUUGUUACAAUAAUUCCUUAUCAGAACUCCCCACUAAAGCUAUUUCGUGUUCGACCUAAAAUGUAAAUGAGACAUUUCUUGCUGAAAUAAAUUUAAUAAGUGAAAAUUGUGUGUAUAAAUCAACACUUCCCAAAAUAGUUGGCACCUCACCUCACUUGGAAUUCAGGUUUUUAUAGUCUUGCUAGGAUUACAGUUUUCCUAGCUGAGGAGACUUUCUUGUUUAGUUAGUG